AUAGUCAAUCCCCUUCACAGCCAGAGCUGAAAAUAAUAUCGAAAUGUGAUAUAUUAAUGUACCUAACAAGCCUGAGGCUGAACAUGGAAUGCUGGCAAAAAAAGUGAAAAUAGGCCUACUUCCUCUAGGUUGUGUAAACUGCUGAGAUCAAGAUAUCUGUGGCAAACAUAAUAUCAAAUUGAAAAUGACCUGUCACUGCUGUUUGGUCAUGAAAACAGUACCAGUAUGAAGCAUGAACAUAAUUGUCAGGUGAAGGAGCUGCAAUCUAAACCCAGACACCAAUUGUCACCACCUUUGUUGGCAAGCUAUAAUGUCUGUAGGAGGGAGGGACGACCUAAGCAUCCCACUGGCAGAUGCUGACCCACAGGUGGUACUGCCAGAGGAGCCAUCUAGUCCAGAGAGCACUGCUGACCAUGGUCGAAGCUGCGAGUCCCUCUCGUCUGCAGUGGCUAAUGGCACUGGCAGUCUGCACAGUUUCGAUCCAGACUUGAGUCCCGACGAACAAGAGGAGAAGGCGCGCCUGAUCUCGCAGGUGCUGGAGCUGCAGAACACGCUGGACGACCUGUCGCAGCGUGUGGACAGCGUGAAGGAAGAAAAUCUGAAGCUUCGGUCGGAGAAUCAGGUUCUGGGCCAGUAUAUCGAGAACCUGAUGCAGGCUUCCUCCGUGUUCCAGUCCACGUCCUCGCCUAAGGUGAAAAAGAAGUAAACUGGGCGACCAUGAAAAGCACAGCUUUAAUUAGGUUCGCGCUUUUUCUGUUGGCGCUGGCUACGGUAAGGUAGGUAUUUCAAAAUGAGAUGGAUAAUGACUUCCUUGAGAAGGGUCAUGCUGAGAUUUAUCACUAUCAUACAGCGAGUUGAUAUGUAGCCCAAUUGAUGUCUGCUGGUCGCUUCCUUGCUCGCGUUUUGGACGUCAGCCCGAUUGCAGUUCCAAAAUGGAAGGGUGCUUUAACGCCACUUGCGCUCCAGAGCUGCGCCUUUUCUAUCACACACAAGGGAAUUCAGUGAACCUGCUUACCGAGUGGUAGCGAGAUUGAAUCUUAUUUGGAGCUAGAGUCGUGUUUGAAGUAGGAUUUGCAAGUCCGUUUAGUAUUAUAUAAUCUGUAUUGUCAUAAGCGAUCGAUAUUGUCUUUGUCGCGAUGUCGGGCUGCGGCAUAGUAGAAGGGCAUGCUUUCACAGGUGUUUCCAACCGGGCUUGAACUGAGUUUUAUCAUGACGGGUUUGCGUCCGCCCGGUGGGUGGUUUUAUAUGUUGUGUGCUGCGUCAUGCCUGGUGCCGGCAGUGUUUUGUUGUCACGUUCCUUGGCGUCUGUGAUCCGGCCCGCAUUCCGCAUGCCUCCAAGGCGGCCGUCGGUGCUCGCUGGCUAAGAGAAUCUGCACUCGAACUACACGAUAAAGCUUAACGAAAAGA